ACGGCCUAAAAAUCAAUUUUGACAGUUUGCUUCACAGUUCUUAGUUACGUUUUAAAAAAUAAAAAAUAAAAGCUUAAUUUAAAUUUUGUAGAAAAAUAUGUACUAACUAGUAAAAUUGCAGAAUUAAGAAAAAUUGUAGUCAUUUAUUUUGUUAGUUUUAAAGCAUUAUUUUUAGUUGUUUGUCCUGUCAGGCAUAAUUUUCUUUUUAUUAGCUAUUAUAAUCGAUGAUGUAAGAUCAUUGAAGGUCUACUGAGCGAUCAUAGUUAAUCAUCGUUUUCGAGAUUUAAUAAUGGAAAGUGACAAUAAGGCUUCCGGAAAUUGCGAUAAAUAUGAAAACGAAAGCAGUUCUCAUUCGACACCAGGGGAACACAAGUCUUUCGCUGAAUUUGCAAAAGACAAGCUGGAUAGUGCUGGCAGAGAACUGCGGAGACGACUACCCAUAGCUGGUCAAAUAGGGGCACACCUUAUGCACCCUCGGAGACUGUUACUACAUUCUACUCCUGCACAACAAACUGAUGUGGUUCUUAUCUUCCCUAAAGGUAUCCCAGACAGCAUGCUUCUAUGGCUAUUACAAAAAUUACGUGGUAGUCGUCCAAGGCUCCGAGUGUGCGUGCGACAACAUGCCUCGUCACAAUGCUCUGCCUUCUAUAUAACAGCUGACGACGAUGUACUCCUGCAAACAGCUGAGGAGAUCCACUUGCCAAAACAGCUUAAACCAGAGUUUGGAGGAGGGUAUAAGGAGUUCACUGUUCGAGAUAUGCAUUGUUUUCAAAAGGGAUCUUCAGCAUCAGAACUCCUUAGUUCCCAAGAGAGAGGCGAGCUUGUUAAACAUGUGCUAGAAGCAGCUAGAGCAGAGCCGGGAGAUGAACACGCUUUAGAACCAGCGUUAACAUUACGACCAGGACAAAGCAUUGUUCCGGCAUGCGUAAGUCGUGGUGUCAUAGGGAGUAUGUUUCCGCUUCACGAGCGAAAUGAAUUGGAGAGUUUAAGGAAGAAAUGGGUCAAGACGUUCUUCUCGCCACAACCUUUAGAUGAAAUAAGCGAAUACUUCGGCGUGAAGAUAGCUAUGUACUUCGCAUGGUUGGGGCAUUAUACACGCUCGCUUACUGUACCCGCCGUCGUCGGCUUCGUGUUUUGGGUUUGGCUGGGUACAGCGAGUGACAAUUGGAAAGAUAUAGCCCACGUUUUGUUUUCCUUGUUUAACGUAUUAUGGGCGUGUGUUUAUUUGGAGACGUGGAAAAGGUAUUCCAACGUGUUAGCGUAUAAAUGGGGUACAUUGGAUCAGAGAGAUGACUUGCUCCUGGAACCAAGACCUUUGUUUCAGGGUGAGAUGAGUAUAAGCCCUGUAACGGGUCGCCCCGAGCCGCAGUACGCGGCAUGGCGUCGUCGCGUUUGGCGUCACUGCGUCUCCUUCCCCGUUAUGCUGUUGUGUCUAGGUGUUGCUGGAGUCGCUACUUUUGCGUUGUUAUUAGCUCAGGAUUGGUGGGAAAAUACAAUAGGCUACUUUAAUUGGAUACCGCGGGCCGCUUUGGCUAUUAUUAUAGCCGUCGAAGAGGAGGCAUACGCAAGGAUUGCCCGGUGGCUCAAUGACAAAGAAAAUUAUCGGCUUGAGACAAAGUAUGAGAACCAUCUGAUUGUGAAAAUUGCAUUGUUUCAGUUCGUAAACUCCUUUAUGAGUUUGUUCUACAUCGCAUUCUAUCUUCAGGAUAUGGAUAAGUUGAAAGAGCAACUAGCAGUUCUCCUUAUAACGAGACAGAUAAUUGGUAAUCUGAAGGAAUCUGCGCUGCCCUAUCUCAUUGAGAAUUUGAGAUUGGCCAAAAUCUGUUUUGACGUGUUUGGAGCUUUGAGUCCUACUAAAAUUCAAACGUCCGAACAGCUAGCUGAACUAUUUGAAAAGGAAAAAAUCUCAAGCGGCGAACCACCGGAGUUAUUAUUAAACGGCACAGACAAAGACAGACGUGAUUCAGAACCUGUCGUUGGACAAAAGGUUAUACAUCAGGCUGAGCUGGAGUCACAAUUGUUUAAGUACGAAGGCACAUUCGCUGAAUACCUGGAGAUGUUGACUCAACUAGGUCACGUGGUAUUGUUCUCCACUGCGUUCCCUCUAGCGGCAUUAUGUGCUCUACUGAAUAACGCAUGUGAGAUACGAGCGGAUGCCUUCAAGCUGUGUCAUGUAGCCCAACGACCCUUUGGCGAGAGGGUUAAUAGUAUUGGGAGCUGGCAGCACGCAAUGGAAGCAAUGGUAGCAGUAUCUGUAUUAGUUAACUGCGCGUUGAUUGGUCUAUCUGGGCCCGUACAUCGAUUGUUGCCUGAUGCGACUCCAGCUCAGACUGUUCUACUCAUUGUGGCUUUAGAGCACGUUGUAUUGGUGACGGUACUGGCUCUACGCGUGGCGAUUCCCGAGAUCCCGGCAUGGCUUGCUACUGAAAUGGCAAAAGUCGAGUUCCAAAGACGGGAGGCUAUCAAUUCUGCGCACGCGCCGCUAUUGUCGGAAUUUCCGAGUCAAGACGACAUACGUCCCUCUCGCACUCCACGAACACUGACACCGACCACUCCGAAGCUCGAAAAACCAGUGGAAAAAAAGAAAAUUAAUAUUGGGAAAAUUUCAGAAAUUCCACCAUUUAGGGUUGAAAUUUCCAGGCCUAAAGCAGCUUCUAUAGAUCCAGCCGUGACUAGCGGUUCGCUGCAAAUGUUGCAGGAUGUCAGUCCUACCAAGCCCAUAUUACGGAAGGAAGCCAAUCCAGGUGCACCUUUGUCCCUUCUGGGCGUGCGAGGGUUAAGAGAUGAACCACUACACCGGUCUGCGCAUUGUAUUCCACACCCUACACACCAUAGGCCGCUUGUCAACCCUACGCUGCAGGAAUUAUCGGGCAGUGUAAGCGCUGGAGGAUCUGAGCCGGAUUUGAAUGCUGUUCCGUCUCCUACUUCACUAGACACCAGCGCCACUUCCAGUGAAGAUGACAAGCCGAAAGACAAGGACAAGAGCAGUCGUUCCCGCGCACGUGCGGCUUUAGUGAAACGCGUUCGAUCAGUGGCAGUUUUUUCUCUUGGACUGCGUAAAGCACGCGAAGCUGCGCAGGCGCACGACAAACACUCGCCACACACACCGGAGCGACCGCUGACUACGCCGGGUCCACCGGCGCCAAUGCUAGGUGGCGAAUUAUCCCUGAUCCCCAUAGAACAGCUGAUCCAGGUGGAUGACGUCAAACCGAGGCCGUCAACGUAAUCUUCCGUAGUUUAUGGAAACACGUAUUUUGUUAGGAAUACAGUUUUGUAUGGUUAUUAUUUUGUGUUAUGGUCGAAUACUUGUUUGCCAAAUGCUCUUAAACCUGACAAAAAACUUUAUUAGACAUUUAUUGCUUUUUUCAAAGUGAUCAUUUUCUAUAGUCUACGAAAAGGAUGUUCCAAAGGGAUUUUUGUUAAUUUGUAUUUUAUUGAUAUUAUUUAGAUUUUAUUGAGUAAAAAAUUUGACAACAUAAAUAUUUGACCAUAACUUCUUUAUUUUACCCCGUUAUUUAACAUUUUAUAUAGGUCAUUAGUAACUUAGGUAACACUGAUAAGUAAUUUAUAUUAAUUUGUAAAAUCCUCGUGUAAUUGUUAAUAUAUUGUUAUUGACAAUUGUUAAUCCAUUUAGUAACUAGUAAUCUCGAUACAGUAUUUUUUAAUCAUGAUUAUGAAAAGGUGUGAAUGACUAAAUGACUAACGCAACUUUAUAAAAAAAAGUUUAAAUUUUUUAUUUCCAGAAUUCAAUUAGGUCAAUUAUUUUUGCACAGUUUAUACUAAUUAAAAUGUUUGAAAAGGCCACAGAUAUUGCUAAUCUUGGUUCUAAAUUUGAAAUUGGUCAUAGAUUAAAAACUUAUCAAGUACAAAAAGUCAGAAUGAAUUAUUAAUUAGUACCAACGAGAUAUUUGUGAUAUUGCUGUGAAUGUGUGUUGUUAAACGGCUUUUUUAGCAUUUUUAACAUUUUGAAAGUUUUUCGAUGUUGUUCAUAAUAUGUUUGUUAAUUCAGAGAUAAGCUUAGAGCAGAUCUGGCAUGGAUCAUUUUACCUUUAUCAAUCACGAUAGAUUUUUCUUUGUUUUAUAAAAAAUCGUAAGAACUAUGGAGAGUAGGAUAAUCUUCAUUUGUCAGAUCUGACUCGUCAAUCUAUAAGCAAUCUUCUGACAAUAAUGGCUGUUAUUUCAAAUCUUUAUAUCUUCCUUCUGUACUUUAACUUCAACUUUAAAUAUUCUUUUUGUGUGUGUCGAUGUAAUUUCUUCUUUAUAAGGACUCUUACAUAACGAUGGAUAUUCUCUUAGAAGUGACUUAGCUCCUUUAAGGCAUUUAUUAAUAUUCAAAUGUUUUGUCAAUUAUGUGUCUACUGCAUAAACUAUAAUCUUUCCCUUUCUACAGUACAAGAAUUUUAUAGAACUUAGGAUUAAGUGUUAGUAAAUGGUAAGAUAAUUAUUACAAAUAUUUUUAAUUGAUUGAAGUUUGUUCUAUAUUUUUAGAUUAUACUUAUUUACCGCAACAAAAUAAAACUAAUUUUUAUUUUUAUGCAAUUUAUUUGUAACAGUGCUUCGAAUCUUGUAUGAAAUAGCUUUCAAUUAUAAUUAAGGCAUAGUAAAGUAAGUUAGGAGUUGCUUAGCUUGGGGCUUAAAUUGUCUGACAUGGGAAAAAUUUAUUUGCUUAGCCAAAUUGGUCUAUUAUGUAGUAUUGUAAUUAAAUGUUUGAUAAUUAGCGUAUUAUUUACGAAUUGGCAGCUAAUAUUAUAAUUUUACAUAAGUUCGGAACUUCUGUGGCGCCACAGACAAAAUCACUUUGCGACAGGCAUGACCGAACUUCAUUUUGUAUGCAAAUGGUCACGUGACAAAGCGUGAGUUUACGAAUGUCGAAAUGUGAUUAUGUCACAAGCCCGUUGUAUUAAGAUACAGAGGUAAUAUAAUAAUAUUACCUCUGUAUUAAGAGUAAUAGACAAUUACAAUCUGCGCAUUCAAUGAAUACACAUAUAAGGUUAUAAUAUGCUAAUACCAUUUAAAAAUAGUAAAAUAUCACCACACAUACAGGUUAGUCUCGUCCCGUUGAUGUAUUAUUAUUGUUAUAUUUAGCGACACAAAUGGUGAAUUUGUUAGUGAUAUAUAGAAAUGCUUUAUUCUAAAAUAGUGUUGCGCGCCGUAGCUAAACAAAGUAUUUGUUAUUGUAAUUAUUUUUAUACGGACUAUUGAUAAAUGUUGCAAUUUUAGUGUAAUAAUAAAUUACGUUUGCAA